AAUGGAAAGAAUUAAUCAGUUCAAGAAGAAGUUGCAUGAAAAGGAAAGGCUGAUCAAGCCUUUCGAGCUCUCAUCUAACAUCGACAGAAUUGAAGAGCUUAAAGCCGAGCAUAUUGACUCUGAAGAAGAUCUCAUAGGGAUUCGAGCUCCACUAAUAAAAAUCAAGAGUAAAGAUACCAUUAUCAAGCCAAAAGUUAGCAAAUUACUCCUUAAAAAGAAGAACUUAAAUAUCAACACUGUUGAUACUAGAACUAACAUUCCUGCUUCUUUUGCUAGAGGAAACAGGAAUCUGCAAGAUAAAUGAAGCCCGGUAUCCGGAAUCAACUACACAGUACAAUUCGGGAUGCAUAAAUAAGACUCCAAUCAGCGGCUCCUUAAAGUUUAAAUCCUUCAACUCAAAUUCCAAAGACAGGAAAGAAGUCUACACGGCUCGAAGCUCCAAAUAACAGGCAGAAUCUUCAUAACCUGUACGAUAAAAAGAAGAACAAGUACUUUGACAUCGGGCUUCUCAAUGCGCAUAAUCCAAAUUCCCCAGUCCAUGACAUUGUCUCCAAGAAGUACAGUAAUACCCACACUCGUAAUUGUGGAGAUGACUCCGUCAACACUGAACAAGUGUUGAAGAAGUACCGCCAGGUUCUACCAAAGAGAGAAAAAGAUAAACUGGAUAAGACUAUAAAGGCCCUUACCAAGGGCCUGAAGCAGGCUCCUGUUGAGCUGCCUAUAAAGAAUAAAUCCAAGUUGAUCAAGUUCGUACUAAACAGAGACCAGUUAUUCAAAACUAUCAGCGACGAUCAAGUCAAAGAUCAGAACAUCUUCAAAGAAGUGUACAUAAGAGACAAACAUAAGGCAUCAUAUAUUGAGCUCCUGAAGCAGAGAAGAGUAGAGAUUCAUUAUAGAAAUAUCUAUGGAAAGAGGGAAAGACAUUCUUCAAGAAUCAAUAAUAACCUCAACAGAAAAAGACCCUUCAGUCAGUAAUCACUACAGAAACUUUACAAGGGAU